CCAAAUAUUGGGUCUUAAAAGUGCCAAUGGCUUUUUAACAUAAUAAUAGUAAUAAAUAAAAUAAAAUGAAGCAUCUACAUAACCUUAUCUCUAUCACACACACAUACAAAAACAAUUCUCUAGACUUUUCUCAUUUGCCAAAUCAGCACAACACUCUAGACUUUUCUCAACUCAUUAAAAAGAGUGGAAAAAACAGUGCCACCACCAUUUCCAUCAAGCAACCUCUCACAUCCAGAAAUCUCAAGAAAAAAAUGGCUUCAUCAACUGCUUGCUUCUUGCAUUGCUCUUGCUCUGCUACAGCAGCAAGAACUUCUUCUAGAAGCUACGUGCUGCCGCCGAAGCCAGCCCAGCUGAUCUGCCGGGCCCAGAAGGAGGCAGCGCCCCAAGAACACGACGGCAGAGAUGCUGCCGCCGUGUCUCGGAGAUUGGCUCUCACGUUCUUAAUUGGUGCUGCUGCUCUUGGAUCCAAAGCCUCACCUGCUGAUGCUGCUUAUGGCCAAUCUGCCAAUAUUUUUGGAAAGCCAAAAACAAACACAGAUUUUAGACCAUACAGUGGUGAUGGUUUCACGCUCAAAGUGCCUGCAAAAUGGAACCCUAGCGGCGAAGUCGAGUACCCUGGCCAAGUUGUGAGAUUCGAAGACAACUUCGAUGCUGAGAGCAAUCUCGUCGUCACCGUUACCCCGACCGACAAGAAAUCCAUCGCCGAUUUCGGCCCGCCUGAGAAGUUCCUCUCUCAGGUGGACUAUCUCCUAGGGAAACAGGCCUACUUUGGACAAACAGAUUCUGAGGUGUAUCAUCUUCAAAGACAACCAAAUCAUAAUCCCAUUGCUUCUAUCAAAAUAUUUCUCCAUUCCACAACUAAAAAUUCUAAAAUUAAACCUAUAAAAAUAUAUGUGCAGGGUGGAUUUGAUUCCGGUACAGUUGCAACUGCAAACAUAUUAGAGACGUCAACUCCGACGGUAGACGGAAAACAGUACUACUUCUUGUCAGUGCUGACGAGGACGGCUGAUGGGGACGAAGGCGGGAAGCACCAGCUGAUCACCGCCACUGUGAAGGACGGAAAGCUCUACAUCUGCAAGGCACAAGCCGGAGACAAGCGGUGGUUCAAAGGAGCCAGGAAAUUCGUGGAGAGUGCAGCGAGUUCAUUCAGCGUUGCUUAAGAAGAUAUCAAAUCUUCAUAAUUAAGUAUUUUAAUUUGAUCAAGAUGUGUAAAUAAAAAUGAAAUACUACCUUCUUAACAUGACAAUCUAUUUCAUCCGUAUUUAAUUUUAA